CCUGCGCAAGAAUCUGAUUUUCCAGCAGUUUCCGACUGGGGACCUGGGCAAUCUGUUAAACCAAAGAGUGUAAGAGACGCUAUUAUAUCGCAGAAAAAUGGAAAAGAUAGUAAAGUAAAGAAGACGAAUCGAAUGAAGGAACUUCUUGCUGCAACAACAGACUGUGAACCUCUUUACCUGACUCGCUUACUUCAAGCAAACUUACGGUUAAGUUUCUCAGGUCAAAUUGUGUUAGCCGCCUUGGGACAAGCCUCUGUAUAUAAUAAAGAUCACUCAAAGCCACCUCCAAAUGCUGAGAGUAUUGUUAAACAAGUCUUCGCUGUGUUUCCUGCUUAUGACGUUAUUGUCUCUGCUCUUCUAAGUGGUGGUGUAUGGAAUCUACUUAAAAACUGUAACUUUACACUUGGUGUUCCAAUUUCGUUCAUGCUUGCGAAACCAACUACAAGUCUAAGUGAGGUACUGGAUAGAUUCCAGGACACUGUUUUCACUUGCGAGUACAAAUAUGAUGGACAACGCCAACAGAUACAUUAUAUGGAGGAUGGUACAUUCCAGAUGUUCAGUAGAAAUGGUAAAAGAAACACUGGGAAGUACCCUGAUGUUGCUCGUGUGUUAUCAAGGUUAAAGAAACCUUCUGUGAAAUCUUUUAUUCUGGACUGUGAGGUUGUGGCUUUCGACAGGGAGGCAAAGAAGCUUCUUCCUUUCCAGACAUUGAGCACUCGAGCUCAUAAAAAUGUGAAUGUCAGUAAUAUCAAGGUUGGUGGAUGCACCUUUGCUUUCGACAUGUUAUAUCUAAAUGGCCAACAACUUAUCCAUGAGAGUCUUGACAUUCGCCGAGAGAAGCUAUACGAAUCAUUUGAUGAAGAUCCUGGGUAUUUCCAGUUUGCAACUGCUAUGACAUCCAGCGAUGUCGAUGAAAUACAAAAGUUUCUUAAAGCUUCUGUUGACAGUGGCUGUGAAGGUUUAAUGAUUAAAACACUCAACUCUAAUGCAACCUAUGAGCCUGCAAAGCGAGCAAAUAAUUGGCUGAAACUGAAGAAAGACUAUAUGGACAGGCAAGAGACUCUGUGGAUCUUGUACCAAUUGGCGCUAACCACGGGAAAGGCAAACGCACAGGUCUGGGAAGUGAAAGCAGCUGACUUAACAAUUAGCCCCAAGUAUCUUGCAGCAAACGGCAUUGUAGACCCUAAUAAGUUCUUACAAAUCGUUGGGCUAAAUUAUGGAAUGGAGUUUCUCUACGUUUUCCUCGUCUAUUACGUAUACGGGAAGACAAGAAUCCAGAGGACGCAACAUCAUCUGAACAGAUUGCUGAGAUGUUCAAUGCUCAGAGACUAUAAGAACUUUAUUUUUGCGGAGACAGAAGAAGCAAAAAGAAAAAAAAUGAGUGCUUGCUCUGCAUCUCCACUACCGAUUCUGACAUUUACAGAGAGAGCUAAAUCUCUGUCGCAGAUUCAACAAGCUCAUGCCUUUAUGCUCAAAAACGGAACUUUCCAGGAUACGUUUUCUGCUAGCAAGCUUAUUGCCUUCGCCGUCGCGAACCCAGAACCACAAACAGUCUCUUACGCUCACUCCAUUCUCAAUCGCAUCGAGAGCCCUAAUGCUUUCACUCACAAUUCCGUCAUCAGGGCUUACGCUAAUAGCUCCACUCCUGAGGUUGCUCUGAGCGCGUUUCGUGAAAUGCUUCUUGGUCCUGUAUUUCCCGAUAAGUACAGCUUCACGUUCGUGUUGAAAGCUUGUGCUGCGUUUUGUGGGUUUGAAGAAGGAAGGCAGAUUCACGGUCUUUUCUUGAAGAGCGGUUUGAUCUCUGAUGUGUUUGUGGAGAAUACGUUGGUUAACGUCUAUGGAAGAAGCGGCUGCUUUGAGAUUGCCCGUAAAGUGCUCGAUAGAAUGCCUGAGAGAGAUGUGGUUUCUUGGAAUUCGUUGUUGAGCGCUUACGUCGAGAAGGGUUUAGUGGUAGAAGCUCGUGCGUUGUUUGAUGAGAUGGAGGAAAGGAAUGUAGAGUCUUGGAAUUUUAUGAUUUCGGGUUAUUCGGGUGCGGGAUUGGUUAACGAAGCGAGAGAGCUUUUCGAUUCUAUGCCGGUUUCAAGUCAGAAGAACCACUUAACUUUGAAAACCAAGAAACAGGAUGAGCACGAGACAGCCCGGUAGAAGAAGAAGAAGAAGAUGAUGAAACAGGUUUCUUUCUUCCCCAUCUCAUCAUCCCAAAACGAUGGAAGAAACUGAAAAAGUUUUGUGCUUUCUUAGGCUAAUAAACUAUGAAACAAGAUGAUAUAAAAAUGGAGGUGAUGUAUAUCUAGAGCUUAUUGCUGUUGUAUGGUUAGGUCGCUGUGUUUAAUAGGGAGAUUGAAGAUGUUGUCUUAACGAAUAAAAGUUUGAAAAAAGAGAACCAAACCGCCUGAAGAAUCCUGUGACCACUUUUAGCCUAAAAAAACUUUUUCUUUUAUUGGUAUUGUAAUCUCUGGGUAUGUUCUGGAAUUUAUACCAAAGUGGGGGACCAGUUUUAUCAAUCAAAAACCAAACUUCAUUGAUGACAAAGACUUAGGCUCUCCCUCUC